AUAAAUUGGGAAGGGUGAAGAGUCAGAGUUCGUCAGAGAACAGGAACCCAAUGAUUCCCAUAUGCCCAGUAGUCUCCUUCACCUAUGUGCCCAGCCGGCUAGGUGAAGAUGCCAAAAUGGCUACCGGCAACUACUUUGGAUUUACCCAUGGUGGUGCUGCGCAGUACAGCCAACAGCCGGCCGCUGGGGUAGCCUACACUCACCCGACCACAGUGGCCAGCUACACUGUGCACCAGGCGCCGGUUGCAGCCCACACUGUGACAGCGGCCUAUGCCCCGGCGGCUGCCACUGUGGCCGUGGCCAGACCGGCCCCGGUGGCCGUGGCGGCUGCUGCCACAGCCGCCGCCUAUGGCGGGUAUCAGCCAGCGCACGCGGCCACGGACUACGGCUACGCACAGAGGCAGCAGGAAGCACCACCCCCUCCCCCUCCGGUCACCUCGCAGAACUACCAGGAUUCCUAUUCCUAUGUGCGAUCCACAGCCCCAGCUGUCGCCUAUGACAGUAAACAGUACUACCAGCAGCCUACAGCUACGGCGGCUGUGGCUGCAGCUGCUGCUCAGCCACAGCCCACUGUAGCUGAUUCCUACUAUCAGACAGGUACGCUUAACACAUCCUGGGAUUCGUCAUGGAAGAAAAGUCUCCAAGCUCCCAAAACAGGGUAUAGCCAAGGAGCAACACAAUAUACACAAACACAGCAGACAAGGCAGGUGACGGCAAUAAAACCCGCUACCCCCAGCCCGGCCACCACCACCUUUUCAAUCUACCCAGUAUCCUCCACUGUCCAGCCGGUAGCCGCUGCGGCUGCCACUGUGGUGCCAUCCUAUUCCCAGAGCCCCACCUACAGCACGACUGCAGUCACGUACUCUGGAACUACAUACUCCGGCUAUGAAGCAGCUGUGUAUUCUGCCGCCUCUUCUUACUACCAGCAACAGCAGCAGCAGCAACAGAAACAGGCGGCAGCGGCGGUGGCAGCCACCGCCGCCUGGACAGGGAGCACGUUCACCAAGAAGACUCCAUUCCAGAACAAGCAGCUCAAACCCAAGCAGCCGCCCAAACCUCCCCAGAUACACUACUGUGAUGUGUGCAAGAUCAGUUGCGCCGGCCCUCAGACUUACAAAGAGCACCUGGAGGGCCAGAAGCACAAGAAGAAGGAAGCAGCUCUGAAAGUGUCCCAGAGCAGCAGUAGCAGCAGUGGUAGUGGCAGUGGCAGCUCUGCCCGGGGCACACAGAACCAGCUGCGCUGCGAGCUCUGUGAUGUCUCCUGCACUGGCGCGGACGCAUACGCAGCCCACAUACGGGGAGCCAAGCACCAGAAGGUGGUUAAGUUACACACCAAACUUGGGAAACCCAUUCCGUCAACUGAGCCUAGUGUGGUGACCCAGACUACCACAUCGACCACAGCGGCUUCCAGCAAGGCUACCAGUUCGGCCGUCAGCACUGGGAUUGGCAGCGGUGGCGCUGCUGGCAGCAACAGCAGCACCACUACUGCCUCGGCGCCCGCUUCCACUUCCUCGUCCUACCUGAAGCCGGUCAACAUCGUGAGCAGUCCCACAGCGAGCAGUGGAGUUAACAAGGGCAGUGCAUUAACCACUGCUACAGCUAGUGCAGCUGUCAAUGUCAAGAAGGCUGCAACCCCCAAGAUUAAUUUUGUUGGAGGAAACAAGUUGCAGACUACGGGCACGAAAGUGGAGGAUGUGAAAAACGACACAGCCAAGCCUACACAGCCACCAAUGGCUCCCCAGCCACAGGAGACCAAAGUUGAAGUGACUCCUGAGCCGCUUUCCACACAAGCAACUCUUGCUGCUUUACAAAGUGACGUUCAGCCUGUUGGUCAUGAUUACGUGGAAGAGGUUCGUAAUGAUGAGGGAAAAGUUAUUAGGUUCCACUGCAAGCUUUGUGAAUGCAGCUUCAAUGAUCCCAAUGCUAAGGAGAUGCACUUAAAGGGAAGGAGACAUCGAUUACAGUAUAAGAAAAAAGUCAACCCUGAUCUCCAAGUGGAAGUGAAACCCAGUAUCCGGGCCCGGAAGAUCCAAGAGGAGAAGAUGCGCAAACAGAUGCAGAAGGAGGAGUACUGGCGGAGGCGUGAGGAGGAGGAGCGCUGGAGGAUGGAAAUGAGGCGCUAUGAGGAGGACAUGUAUUGGCGUCGGAUGGAAGAGGAACAGCAUCACUGGGAUGACCGGCGCAGGAUGCCAGAUGGCGGUUAUCCACAGGGACCUCCUGGCCCGCCGGGCCUGUUGGGAGUCAGACCUGGCCUGCCCAUUCCACAGCCCCAGGGACCAGUGCCCCCUCGUCGCCCAGAUUCCUCAGAUGACCGAUAUGUGAUGACCAAGCAUGCAGCCAUUUACCCUGUGGAGGAAGAACUCCAGGCUAUUCAGAAAAUAGUGUCCAUAACAGAGCGAGCACUGAAAUUGGUGUCGGACAUCAUUACUGAACAGGACAAGAACAAGACCAAAGACGAGGACAAAAAGGAGAUUCAGAGGGACAGGGCUCUGAAGGGAGUCAUGCGUGUUGGAGUACUGGCAAAAGGUCUGCUCUUGAGGGGAGACAAGAACGUCAACCUUGUCCUCCUGUGCUCCGAUAAACCCAACAGGAACCUCCUGACUCGCAUUGUGGAAAACCUCCCAAAACAGCUCACGCUGGUUACACCUGAGAAGUAUGAAGUCAAGGGCUCUAUCCAAGAGGCCGCCAUCAUCCUCACUUCCUGCACUGAGCCCAAAAUGCAGGUGACCAUCACGCUGACAUCUCCUGUCAUCCGAGAGGAGAACGCACGUGAUGGAGAUGUAACUUCGGGUAUGGUGAAAGACCCAGCGGACGUCUUGGACAGGCAAAAAUGCCUUGACGCUCUGGCUGCUCUACGCCACGCUAAGUGGUUCCAGGCUAGAGCGAAUGGACUCCAAUCCUGUGUGAUUAUUAUUCGCAUUCUGCGUGAUCUCUGUCAGCGAGUUCCAACUUGGUCUGCAUUCCCCAGUUGGGCUAUGGAGCUGCUAGUGGAAAAGGCUAUAAGCAGUGCUUCUGGGCCCCUAAGUCCUGGGGAUGCUUUGAGAAGGGUUUUUGAAUGUAUUUCUUCUGGAAUUCUCCUAUCAGGUGGUCCCGGGUUAAUAGACCCCUGUGAGAAGAACCCGACUGAUACUCUAUCUGCAAUGACUGAACAACAGCGUGAAGACAUCACUUCUAGUGCUCAGUUUGCUUUGAGGCUGCUGGCUUUCCGUCAGAUUCACAAAGUCUUGGGAAUGGACCCCUUGCCCCAGAUGAACCCCCGGUUCAACGUACGGAACAACCGCAAGAGACGGAGAGACAACAGCGACGGUGUGGACGGCUUCGAAGGAGAAGGCAAAAAAGACAAAAAGGAUUAUGACAACUAUUAGGGAUUGCAAUGACCCUACUUACUGACAACACACUAAAAUAUUGUGUUUUACAUUAUUUGUUUUUCUUAAUAUAUUUUUGUGAUAUCUGUAGUCUAGUAACAGGCCUGACCUCAGUUCUGGUCCAGUAAUCAUUGAAAGUACAUGUCAGACAGCAGCUAAAUUGAGUUACAAAAGGGUGUAUCUGUGCUGUACUGUAUUGUUUAGCUUCAGUGUUGACUUGAAGAGUUCUUCAGGUCUAGACUUAUGUUAGCUAAGCAGUUUUCACCUUGCACUUACAUGUAGAUUUUCUUGUAAACAGCAACUCUGCUAUAACCCCCUUUACUCUGUUGAAUAUGCUUUUUAUUUUGAUAUGCCCCUUACAAGUAUUUCUCAAGGUUUAAUACAGAACAGUAAGUGAACUGGUAUACUGUUAAAACUCACAAGAAUUUAACCAGAA